CAGUCUGAAUAAUAUAUGGCACAUGUAAAUAGAAGGAAUAACAUAUCGAUAGAGUUUGAUACCAGUUGCGGGUUUUCUUUUUUUUGUAGGUUCAACUUCCACAAAAAUAUUCCCUUGAGAAGGUCCCUCAAUACCAGAAGAUACAGGUAUGAUAGUUUGUGUAUAGCAUGGGGUAACAAAUGUUCGGAGGGCAUACUGAAAGGGAUUCCAAUUACAAUAUGGCUCAAAGAGGAUUCGGUGACGUUGGAGCUAUUUAUGAUCGACAGCUUGAAUCCAUGGCUAGUCGGUCGGUACUUUCCAGCAGUUGGGGUCACUGAGAAAUUCUCAAUGAACCUCCACUGUCCAACGUGCAGUUUCUUAACACGACCAAGGAAGACUCUUUUGCAGUAUGAAGUGAAGAGAGUCUCCACCAGGGUAAUUCGAAUGUUGAGUCCAUGAAUGUAGUACUUUUACUUCAAUCUUCCAAGUUGUUUUAAAUGGUUUGACAUUUUUCAACAACGUUAUUCCGUCGGAUGUAACCAUAGCCAUUUGGGAGUUUUGUUUGUCGAGAUGUGAUGAAAAGAUUAGGUGAUGGAAGCCUUUUUAUAGUGGAAGCAUCGAGAGCAUAUUCUGAAUCUGAUAUUUUAAAUUUUAUACGGUUGUAUCGAUAGGGAUUAGGAUAUAAUUUUGUUAAGAUUUAGAAGAUAUAUCAUAAUAUUUCUGUUAUAAUCUUUUAAUUGAUUUAAAGUUUGAUAUUAUCUGGCUUUUUCACAUCGAUUAUUAUCUUGAUAAAAUAUAGGUUAGUUGAGAUUUUAAACAUUUAAGUAGUAGAAUAUUCUCAUCUAAUAUUAUCAUGCGAUAUUAUCUUCACAAAAAUAUAGGUAAUUGGAUUUUAAACUUCUAUUUUCUGUCUAACAGUGGUUUAUUGUUGUUUAUUAGGAAAAUCGGGUCGAUGGAGUGUAUACCAAGUCCUGUAAACCAAUGAUAAAGGUCCAAAA